AUGCCCUCUUAUCGCAGCAUUCAGGCCUACCUGACUGCCUGCCAGAGCGACGAGUCCAAACUGCUCGGUCUGACGCUCGGAGAUAAGGUCGUCACUCCAGGCCUUUACAUCCCUAGAGCAGAAGCACAAAAAGCACCCUCCCUCACUUUCACAGGCACGCCGUCAAAUACCUACCUCGUGAUAGCCCUCGACAUUGACGCUCCCUUCCCCUCCCUGAACAUCCUGGGCCCAAUUCUUCACUGGAAACAGCCCGGUCUGAAGCUCCAGGGAAACGGACAAUCGGUUUUGAACUCGGGGGAUACCCCCUUUGUGGCGAAUUAUAUCGGUCCUGCCCCCCCGCCUGGCAGUGGUCCGCACCGCUACGUCUUCUUCCUGUAUGAGCAGCCGGCGGGAUUCAACCCGGCCAAAUACGCUCCUCCAAAUGGCAAGAAUCUGAGUAACUGGCUUCGUAUGCGGUAUGAUCUGGAGGCGUUUGAGAAGGAAGUUGGCUUGAAGCCGGCAGUUGCGACGAAUUUUUUUACCAGUAACUAG